CCUGAUUCGAAAAACGGGGAUUUGUGAAUCCGACGCUCCAACUAAUUUGCAUCAAGUAUAAAUAUCAGAAAUUUCUGAAACUAGAUUAUUACUGAAUCGCGCUUCACUAACACCAGUCAUGAUUCGCUUGCUUGUGGUUAGCGCUUUGGUGGCCUCAGCCCUCGCCGAUGUCUCGCAUAUUUUGGGUCGCCGCCCCUUCGUCGCACCCGUUCGCGCUGUUUCAGUGCAACCCGUUGCCACUGCCUCCAACUACCGCCCUAUUGCCAUCCUCCGCCAAAGCCAAGACUCGUCUCCUGAUGGCAGUUACCAAUACAGUUACGAGACGGAGAAUGGGAUAAAUGCCGAGGAAAGAGCUGAAGUUCGGGCUGUCGGCAACGAGUUGGAGAAGACUGCUCAAGGAGCUUUUUCAUGGACGUCUCCUGAAGGAGAACAAGUUUCAGUGUCUUAUAUCGCCGAUGGUAACGGGUACCAACCGCAGGGAAGUCAUUUGCCUGUUGCUCCCCCAAUUCCUCCAGCGAUUCAAAGGGCUUUGGAAUGGAUUGCGGCGCAUCCCGAGCCAGAAAGUGCGGUUUAUGGACAAAGAAGAUUCUAAAUUUAGGAUUUGCGAAUUUUGUUGUAAAAUUUAAUAAAGUGGUUUUAGUAA